AUGGAUCAACAAAACCACAACACGCCCCAAGCAAACGGCGACAUCACCGGCGCUCAUCUCUGCCACCACCACCACCAACAACAACAACUUCGAACCUUAUGGGCCGAUAUGUACCGCGAGAUCGAGCAAAUGAAAAUUUUCAAAAACAUGAAUCUCUCACUGACUACCAUCAAGAAGAUAAUGGAGACUGACGAGGACGUGCAAAUGAUCGACGACGAGGCGCUGGUGGUCUUCGCUUGUGCCUACGAGAUGUUCAUCCUCGAGCUCACCCACAGGGCAUGGACACACGCCGAAAAGAACAAGCAUCAAACUCUCCAAAAAAAUGAUAUAGUCGCUGCAAUCAGACAGACAGACAGACUUGAGUUCCUUGAGGAUAUAGUAUAA